AAAAAAAAGGAAUAGAAAAACUCAACAAUCUUCAGCUGCCGGACUGACGCAAACUCUUAACAAUGGAGAGAGCAACACCUGUACGAAUGCCCCACACCUCCACCGGCGAUCUACCGACGUGGUCGGAUGUCCCGCUGGCGAACAACUCCGCCGCCUCGACCGCCGCCUCUGGCGAUGGAUCUCACUCCGGCGAACAACUCCCACAUCUUCCGGCGAAAUGUUGAGAAACACGGAGAAGAGGGAAAAAUGGCUUUUAUCACGUGCCAGUUUAAGUGCCAUUUUGAUGAACAAAAUGUGCUUGAUGGAGCCCAAAGUAAUCCGAUUGUUCAGUGAUUUUGCUGCUUCCCAACUCUCCUGUAUUGCUGAUCUGCCAUUGAAAGCUGGUAUUGCUACUUCCAACUUGCCAAUCUGCCAUUGAAAGCUUUCAGGUCAUAAUUGGAAAACAGUAGAUAUGGCUUAUGCUAGUGUUGUUUCUCUUACAAGAACAAUAGAACUUCUCUUGACAUCCAAUUCGCCAAUGCAAUCUCUAAUUUGUGACCACAGAGAAGAAUUUCUCACUCUUUAUGAAAAAGUUAGUUCCCUGGAAGUAUGUGCCAAGAAAUUUGAGAAAAGCAAUGUUUCUGGAAAAAUGACAGAUUUUGAAGCACAUAUAAAAGAAGUUGCAGAUUUUGUUGAACUUACAAUUCAAUUAAGACUAACUGAAUCUUUAGAGGCAUAUGAUGAAAUGCAGAAAGAAAAGGCACAUGAGAGGCUUUGUGAUAGCCUGCAGCAAGUAGCACAGGAGAUUGAUCGUGUACAAAAAGAGUCAACAAAGAUUAAAGACAAAGGCAAACAAGCAUCAAACAAACCAUCGCUGGUUCAAGAUUCAAGUUUAGCGAAUGUGGAGAACAAUAUGUUGGGACGUGAUGAUGAAAGGAAACAGUUGCUAGAAGAUCUGACUAGAGGCUUCUCUGGUGAACCCAAGGUCAUCCCGAUCGUCGGGAUGGGGGGUAUUGGUAAAACAACUUUAGCAAAAGAAGUCUUCGAUGAUGUCACCAUUCGGUCUCAUUUUGAUGUUCGUUCCUGGGCUACUGUAUCUAGCCAACACAACGUAAAGGAAAUCUUGCUAAGCCUUCUGAGUUCAAGAAAAGAAAUGAAUGACAAAUAUUACAAGGAAGAUGAGCCAGAGCUAGCAGACAUGCUGCGAAAGAGUUUAAAGGGUAAGAGAUAUUUAAUUGUAUUGGAUGACAUUUGGAAGAGUAAAGCAUGGGAUGAUGUGAGACUAUGCUUUCCAAGUGAAAACAAUGGGAGUCGAAUACUGUUAACUACCCGUGACACUGAAGUAGCUUGUUAUGCUGGUACAGAGAAUCUCUCUUUGCAGAUGGAUUUCAUGCAUCCAGAUGAGAGUUGGAACCUUUUUAGAAGUGCAGCGUCUGCGAACGAAGCAUUACCAUCUGAAUUUGAGGCUAUUGGGAAGCAAAUUGUGGACAAAUGUCAAGGGUUACCACUAACUAUUGUCGUGGUUGCUGGGAUUCUGUCCAAAUCUGAAAGGACAAUAGAAGAUUGGGAGAAUGUUGCAAAAGAUGUCAAGUCAUUUGUCAAAAAUGAUCCAGAUGAACUAUGUUUACAUGUGCUUGGGUUGAGUUACAAUCACUUGACUAGUGACCUAAAAGCAUGCCUUCUGUAUUUUGGAAUUUUCCCGGAAGACAGUGAGAUUUCAGUGAAGAGAUUGGUGAGAUUAUGGACUGCUGGGGGCUUUCUGAAGUUGGAAAAAGACUUGGAAGGAGAGGCUGAGAAGUGUUUGCACGAUCUUAUAGACAGAUGCCUAGUUCUAGUCAACAAUAUAAGUUUAGAUGAAUCAAAAAUUAAAUCAUGUAAGGUUCAUGAUCUAAUAUAUGAGCUUUGUUUGAGAGAAUUAGCUGAAAGCCAAAAUGUUUUUGUCAUGAAUGACAUUGUAUAUGUUGAUAACAAUGGAGAUUAUAAUUUGGAUGAAGAUGACAAUUGGGAUGAUUAUGAUUAUUUGGAUAAAGAUGAAUAUGAUUAUGCUGAAUGGGAAGAUGAUUUGGAUGAAGGUGAUUGUUUGGAUGAAGGUAAUGGUUUGGAUGAAGGUAAUGAUUUGGAUGAAGGUGAAGAUGGUGACAUGUUGUCUAACGAAAGAUUCCGGCCGAUGAAGCAUAUAAUGGGGCCGUUUAAGCGACGGAUUGAAGAUGAUGAAAGUGACUAUGGUUAUUACAAGGCCCUUCUUACACCAGGACAUCAUCAUUUGAUAAGGAGGCAGACAGAUGAUGCUGGCAACAUUAAUCUCUUGAAACAAACUCGUUCUAUUUUCUUUUUUCACAGUUCAUCUGCUCUAUAUUUUACUCUCACAUCAAAGCUUUUUCAUUUCAGUUUACUCAGAAUCUUGGACUUGAGUCCCAUAGAGCUUCCAAUUUUCCCUGCACAGAUACUAUGCCUCAUUUGGUUGAGGUACCUAGCAUUGUCCGGGUAUUUUGAUAUACCUCCAGAAUUUUGUAGGUUAUGGAAUCUGCAAACAUUCAUUGCUUCAUUCUUCACAUCUUUGCCAGAGCAAAUUUGGAAACUAACGGAAUUAAGGCAUCUCGAACUGGAAUCACUUGAUUUGCCGAAUCCGCCAAGUGUAUCUGUUGAUGAAGAGAGGUACUUGGGUUUUUCAAACAUACAAACUAUUUCCGGCUUGAGUCCAUCUAGUUGCACAGAGGAGGUUAUUUCAGGGAUUCGGAAUGUUAAGAAAUUAAGAAUCUUUGGAGAGAAAGAUGAAUAUCAAAUUUGCCAAGAAUCUAGACUCUUCGACAAUCUUGUCCAUCUACAUCAACUUGAAACACUGAGUUUUGAAAUUAAUGUACCUUGGAAUGAAGUUUUUUCAAUGACCAUUUCAAGUGCAGAAGUUUUUCCAGCAACGCUCAAGAAGUUAACAUUGCUGAGGACUAAUCUACGGUGGGAGGACUUGAACAUCAUAGGUGAACUGCCAAACCUUGAGGGACUGAAGCUGCACGAAGAUGCUUGUAAAGGGGAAAUAUGGUGUCCAAGCCCUGGGGGAUUUACUCGGUUGAAGCUUUUGCAAAUUCACCAUCAUAAAAUCAAGUACUGGAAAGCCACUAAUGACAGCUUUCCUGUCCUGGAGCGCCUCCAGAUUCAAUAUUGCAGAUAUUUGGAAGAGAUACCAAUUGAGUUUGCAGAGAUUUACUCACUACAACUAGUUGUGUUAAAAGACUGCAAGCCCAAGCUCAAGGCUUCUGCUGCACGGAUUCAACAAGAACAAGAAGACCUCGGAAACAAACCUGUGGAUGUUCGUUUCUAUAAUGAUCUAGAUGAUGAUUAUGAAUAAGAAGGAGAAGAAGAAGGAGAAGGAGGAGCAGGAGGAGGAGGAGGAGAUCGAUGGUUGACACGAUCACACUCAAUCUAGCUGGUGCAGUGUUGUGCUCACAAUGUCAAGGUACAGGGGUUAACUCUGUUGAUCAUUUCAACGGUUCAAAGCUGGUGGACUAUGUUGGUUGUGCAGAGGUAAAAAAGAUAUGUUAUGUGGUGACUGCAGCGGUGCUGGAUUUCUUGGUGGAUUUAUGAGUAUGUUCGAUGAGUAGACUUCAUAUACACUAUUCUCGGGUAGGUUCAGAGGCAUAUCCAGAAUGUACACUUUGAUGGGUUCAAUCUUUAAAAAAUUUGCAUUGAACUCAUUAUAUCUUUGAGAUUAUGGAUUCAGAAUUUAAUAUUUAUUGAAAUGUUUGUGAUUUUUCAUAUACA